ACACUCCAUUUUAUUUUUCUACUCUAAGUUUCUGUCCAACAAGAAAAUGAGUCAAAUAGACGAUAAAAAGGAAACAGUGACAUUUCGAGGAGUAAGCCACGACGAAGAAGGCAAAACAAAGGUAACAAAACUCGAAACCGACACGCACAACAUUGAAACCUUAAAACACAUAGAAAAAAAACUCAUAGACAAAGGCAUACACAGAAAAGACCGUCGUCCAAUAGAUGGUAUACCAUUAAAUAAGCAGUCGAAAUCAGGACACGGUGGGAAAUUCACAUGGGAAGGACCAAGAGAUGUGGUUGAUAAUAUACUUGAUGAUGAUGUCGUUCCAGCAGCUUUAGAUGAAAAUGAUCCAAAUUAUGUUGAUGAAGAGGAAGAAGUUAGUGGAGUUGAGGGUUUAGUUGUUGGAGAAGUUGCUGUUGCUAAGGUUGCUGAUGAAGGUGUUGCUAGAGUUGAUGUUGUUGAUCGUGUUUUACAAGAAAAUAUAUAAGGUCUUAGUAAUAAAAAAAAAAACUACUUGUUUUUUUUCCUAGAUUAUACUCUCUCCCGUUUAGUUUGUUUAUUUUACUUUUCUUUUUAGCCUCUACUCUCCUCAAAUUAAAAAGAAUGUCACUUCUAUAUUUUCGCA